AUGUGGGAUCGCAUGACCUUAGAUCUGCGCGUGUUUGCGUACGAGAACUUGUUGGAGUUCAUUGUCUGGACAGUGCGGGAGCGAGAUGUUGGGCUAGGCGCCCUCAGUGGCUACCGCAGUGCAGUGAAGAGUUUGUACAUCGAUCAAGGCGUUGACCUCCCGGAGCCAUGCGACAGCGACAUGAAGGUUAUUUUUUCGGGGAUUCGAAAGUCCAUCGCCCAGAACCUUCAAAGUGGGUCCAAGGAAUUUACUGGCAAGCGUCCAAUGUCGUUCUCGGUGUUUGAACAGCUUUGCGCGGCAAGCAUGGGCCUGCCCGAUUGCGGAUUUACCCAUCUCUACCUUGUCCUCUCGUGGAACUUGAUGUGCCGCUCCAAAUCUACGGAGACGAUACGAUUCGAGCACAAAUCGUGUGAGGACGACGCCAUUGGGUUCGUCUUUCAUAAAACUAAGACAAGCCAAGAAGGAACAAAAAACAAGGACCCAAAGCAUUGCUUUGCGAACCCUCUAAAGCCGCAAGUUUGUUUGUGUUUUUAG